GCCUGAGCGAAAGAGCCUUCUCCCAGCGUUCUCUGCUUGUCCUUUGACUGCUGUUUUGUUCACGAAACUGCCACCGCUCCCCUGUCUUUGCCACCGAGAACCACCCAGACUGUUCUGCUUGCUUUCUCUCUGCUGCGUUCUGAGAACCUCGAAGCUCAUUUACUGCAAUUUCACUUUUUGUCUGUCUGCUUUUUGCCCAAAGGGUCCUUUGAUUUGUUACUGCUUUAUUCUGCCUUUCUCUGUUUACCAGGCCCUGCGCUUUUUCUGCUGCAAAUUGUCCUUAUCAUUGAAUAUUUCACUGCUUUUCACCUUCGACACUUGCAAAAUGACUUCCUCGACCACUGCUACCAACAUAAAUAACACCAUCAGUAGUGUAAACAACAACAAUAGCAGCAACAACAAUAACACCACCACCACCACCACCAACAACAACAACAACAUUAGGUUGCUUCAAAAUAACUCUCAGCUUAAUUCGCAAAUCACGAACCAAAUCAACAGCCAAAACUAUUUGCAAUCUAUAAAAUCAAAUCUUGACUUGAAUAAUAAUCUAAACAAUAGUAUCAAUCCCAAUAACACCAUACCUACUUACACUUAUCCACAAUCUAUAUCCGAAGUUCAAUCUUUACUACUAACCUAUCAAAAACUAUACAAGAAAAAAAUCAACAAAAACGAUCUUAAUUUAAAUGAUUUAAACAAUUUGAAUAGCCUAAACAACAAUGAUAAUAAUAAUAAUUAUCCCACUCUCAACAAUAACAUAAAUAACAUAAAUAACAGUAAAUCACUAGAAUUGCAAUUAAAUGCAUUAGAAGAUAUAUUCAAAUCAAUCUCAAAUGAUUACGAUGACCAUCUAUCAAAACUAAAUCAAAUCAACAGUUAUAAACUCAAAAAUAUCAAUAAUAAUACCAAUAAUAAUACCAAUAAUAAUACCAAUAACACCAAUAAUGGCAAUAAAAUCAAAAAUCAUGACUUGAAUUUAUUAAAAGAUCAAUUGGUUUCCUUCCAAUUACUAUCCUAUGACUUAGAUUUACCCUUAAACAUUCAAAUUAAUCUAUCUAAUAACGCCAAUAACACCAAUAACAACAUCACCAAUAACAAAAAAAAUAAUCAAGAUAUAAACUUAAAGGAAAUCAUAAUAAAUGACUCAAUCAUAAAAGAUUACGAAGAAAAAGCAAAAAUCAUUGGAAACAUCAAAAAAAGUUCUCAUUUUAUAAACAACAUAACUGGUUUUGAUAAACUAGGCAACAACUCCACUGAAAUUAAGAUUGAAAAACAAAUCCUAAAUAGAAUAGAUACUCUAGAAAAUCUUCCUUCAAACUUAGCUACUUUGAACUUCAACGACCUAUUAUUAUCUGAUUUAAACAACCUAGACCACACUCCCCCAAACAUAGAUCUCUUGAAAAAAAAUGCUCUUAUAGAACUAAACUCCUUAAAAUUACUACAAAAACAAAAAAAAAUCAGAAAAAAUCUUAUACAUCAAGUAUCAAACAAAGAUCGUUUAGUUCACAUUACUUCUUCUCACUUUUACAAUCCUUCUCCAAAUCUAACUUUACUAGCUUCCUCCAUUUUUAGAAACGCUUUCAUUAGAAACAAAAUCUUAACUCCUCAAACCUCAAGAUUAGCUGAACAACUAGAAGAACAACAAAGAAGAGAAAAACAACAAUUGGAAUACACUCUAAAAUUGAAAAAAAUUAAAAAAAUACUAAUUAACAUUGACUCAAUAUUAAUUAAAAAAUCAAAAAAAGAACCAAAAAGAUUACUACUAAUAAAAAACCUAAACCACUACCAUACCCAAAUAGAAAAAGACGAAACUAAAAAACUUGAAAAGAACGCAAAGGAUAGAUUAAAAGCCUUAAAAGCAAAUGAUGAAGAAGCUUAUAUAAAAUUACUAGAUCAAACAAAAGAUAAGAGAAUCACUCACUUACUAAGACAAACAAACUCCUUUUUAGAAUCUUUAUCUCAAGCUGUCAAAGUCCAACAAAAUGAUUCAAAAUUAAAAAACAUUCUCUACUCAAAUAACGAAUCUCAAACAAACCAGGAUGAAUCAGUCGACGAUGAUAACGAAAAUCAAGAAAAAAGUGAUUAUUACCAAGUCGCUCAUAGAAUUAAAGAAACAAUCCUUAAACAACCUUCAAUCUUAGUUGGUGGAACUCUUAAAGAAUAUCAAGUGAAGGGUUUAGAAUGGAUGGUUUCACUAUAUAAUAAUAAUCUUAAUGGUAUAUUGGCUGAUGAAAUGGGUCUUGGUAAAACUAUUCAAUCAAUUUCUUUAAUAACUUAUUUAAUUCAAUACAAAAAACAAUAUGGACCAUAUCUAGUUCUAGUGCCUCUAUCAACUAUAACAAAUUGGACAUUAGAAUUCGAAAAAUGGGCUCCAUCAGUCAAAAAAAUAAUUUAUAAAGGUACUCCACCCCAAAGAAAAUUAUUACAACACAGAAUUAGACAAAACGAUUUCCAAGUAUUACUAACAACAUACGAAUAUGUUAUUAAGGACAAGGCUCUUUUAUCAAGAUAUAAUUGGAUUCAUAUGAUAAUCGACGAAGGUCAUAGAAUGAAAAACGCAAAUUCCAAAUUAUCUUACACAUUAAGUCAUUUUUAUAAGACUAAAAAUAGACUAAUCUUAACAGGAACUCCAUUGCAAAAUAAUUUACCAGAAUUAUGGGCUUUAUUAAAUUUUGUCUUGCCAAAAAUUUUCAAAUCUGUUAAAACAUUUGAUGAGUGGUUUAAUACCCCAUUUGCUAAUGCUGGAUCACAAGAUAAAAUGGAAUUAACUGAAGAAGAAACAUUAUUAAUUAUCAAAAGAUUGCAUAAAGUUUUAAGACCCUUCCUAUUAAGAAGAUUGAAAAAAGAUGUUGAAAAGGAUUUACCAGAUAAAGUUGAAAGGGUUGUUAAAUGUAAAUUAUCAGCAUUACAAAAGAGUCUUUACCAACAAAUGUUGAAAUAUAAUGCACUAAUCAUUGGAGAUGAUAAUAAGGGAAAUCAUAAAUCUGGAAUCAAAGGAUUAAAUAAUAAAGUGAUGCAAUUAAGGAAAAUAUGUAAUCAUCCAUUUGUAUUUGAAGAUGUUGAAAAUGUUAUCAAUCCAAGUAAAGUUAAUAAUGAUUUAUUAUGGAGAACUUCAGGAAAAUUUGAGUUAUUGGAUAGAAUCUUGCCCAAAUUAAAAGUCACAAAUCAUAAAGUUUUAAUUUUUUUUCAAAUGACACAAGUCAUGGAUAUAAUGGAAGAUUAUUUAAGAUUAAGAAAUUUGAAAUAUCUUCGAUUAGAUGGUGGAACUAAAGCGGAUGAUAGACAAGAUAUGUUAAAAACAUUUAAUAGACCUGAUUCACAAUAUUUUGCAUUUUUAUUAUCAACGAGAGCUGGUGGAUUAGGAUUAAAUCUACAAAGUGCAGAUACAGUUAUAAUUUUUGACACAGAUUGGAAUCCUCAUCAAGAUUUACAAGCACAAGAUCGUGCGCAUAGGAUUGGACAAAAAAAUGAAGUCCGAAUCUUAAGGUUAAUAUCUAAUGAUUCAGUUGAAGAAGUUAUAUUAGAAAGAGCACAUAAAAAAUUAGAUAUCGAUGGAAAAGUUAUUCAAGCUGGUAAAUUUGAUAAUAAAUCAACAGCGGAAGAACAAGAAGCGUUUUUAAGGAGAUUAUUAGAAGAUGAAGAAAGGAAAAAGAAAAAUGGGGAAGAUGAAGACGAAGAUUUAGAUGAUGAUGAAUUGAACGGAAUCUUGGCUAGAACUGAGAAUGAAAAGGUUGUAUUUAAUGAUAUUGAUAUUGAAAGAAUAGCAUUAGCUAAAAGAGAGGCUAGAGAGCGUAACAAUGGUGCAGUUAUUCCAAGAUUAAUGACAGAUGACGAAUUACCUGAAGUAUUUAGCGAGAAGUUUAUUGCUGUUCAAUUGAAACCCAAGAAUGAAGCAAUUGGUAGAACAAGAGAAAGAAAAAAAGUUAUUUAUGAUGACGGAUUAACUGAAGCGCAAUGGUUGGAUGCUAUGGAUAGUGGAGAUAGAGAUAGUGUUGAUGAGAUUAUUCUUAGAAAACGACAAGCAUUGGAAAGAAGACGAAAUAAGAGAAUUAUUAAAGUAGGGGAAUUGGAAAAUCUAGAGAAGGAGAAAAAGGAGGAAAUUGAAGAAAUUGAAGAAAUUGAAGAAGCAAAGAAAAAAGUUGUUGGUAAAAGGAGUAGAACUAGAGGAAUAAAAACCCGAGGAUCACCAGGGAUAAAUGGAUUUAAAAAGGAUACAAGUCUGGAAAAUGAUCAUCAUAAUGAUGAAGAAAAAGAAGAAGACUAUGAAAACGAAAACGAGAAUGAUAAUUAUGAGCGUGAUAGUAGUAAAAAUGAAUAUGAAGAAGAUAUGGAUUUUGAAGAUGAAGGCAAAGAUGAAAAUAAGAGAAAUAAUAAUGGUGGAAUGAAAGUUCGAAUUGGAAGAGGAAGUCGAAAAAGAAGAAAAGUCACCAUUAGAAAUGGAGCUAGUAAUGGCCGAAUCAAAGAAAGAGAAAAAGAAAAAGAAACAGAUGAUAAUGAUGUAAAUAGUAACGAUAAUGGAAUUGGUGAUGAAUUUAUCGAUAAGGCAUUGAAGUUGAUUACAGAAAUCAAAAAGUUAAGAGAUGAAAAGGACAAUCAUUUAAGAUGCGAGCUUUUCUUAAGAUUGCCUUCCAAGGAGAUGUAUGGGGAUUAUUACCAGAUUAUCAAGAAGCCAAUUAGUUUGAACGAGUUAAUUUUGAAUUUAAAGAACAAAAUAUACGUAUCAUUUGAUGAUUUUCUAACAGAUCUAAGACAAAUGUUUAGCAAUGCACAGAUUUACAAUGAACAGGAUUCAUGGGUUUAUUUAGAUGCAGAAAAGAUGAAGGAGUAUGUUGAAAAAAGAGUGGAAGAGAUGUGAGAGAAAGACAUCUUCUCAUUUCGUAUUCCACAUCAUUUUGUUUAUUGUGUUGGUAAUUUAUUAGCUAAUUGCUGUACUUUUGUUCAAUUGUCCAAUUUGACUGAUCACAAAAGCUCUUUAUUGUUUUACCUCAUAUAUUAUAUGUAUAUUAAAUAUUUUUAACAGCACAAGAAGCACAAGAAGCACAAGCCACACGCACUUUCUUU